AUGGCGGAAGAGGGGAAGAAGGCCGCGGCGGAGGGCGCGACAGCUAGGCGUGUUCAGGGCUAUUCUUGCCGAUCAAGCAGCACGCCCUGCCCGGGUGUUGCCAAUGUCCCUCUCUCUCUCUCUCUCUCUUCCGCAGUGACCGCUGUCCUGAGCCAGACCACCACCAUCGAGGUGCCCGAGAACAGCGCUGUCAAUUUGCCGUGCAAAGCCUUCGGGUCACAAGGGACCGUGACACGCCAGGAAUGGAAGUUCCAGAGAGACGGGACCACCGUGUUGUUCUAUUAUGGCGAUCAAUUUACAGAUGCCUACAAGGACCGGGCCGUCUUCUACCCCAACGAGAUCCACCUCAAGUCGGUGACGCGCAAAGACUCGGGCCUCUACAUCUGCGAGGUCGUGGGCAAGGACUCGAGCGACUUUACUCAGUCGCAAGUUGAUCUCAUCGUCCAAGUCCCGCCCUCGAAGCCCAAGGCGCAGGUCCCUUCGGUGGUGACCAUUGGCACCAAGGCAGUCCUGACCUGCGUGGAGACGGACGCCAACCCGCGGCCCGUCUACAAGUGGUACCGCGACAACGUGGAGGUGCCCGCCGACCCCAAGACCAGCUCCUUGUUCCGGAACUCCUCCUACUCGCUGGACGACAAGACCGGAGUCUUGGCAUUCGAGCCCGCCAUGGCCUUCGAUGCCGGAGAUUAUUACUGCGAGGCCUCCAACAAAGUCGGGCCGUCCCAGAAGUCAGACGCCGUGCGCAUGGAGACCAGUGAGGUCAACGUGGGCGGCAUUGUGGCCGCGGUGGUGGUCCUCCUCCUCGUCUUGGCGCUGGUCAUCCUCGGCGUCUGGUACGCCUACAGCCGCGGAUACUUCAAAAGAAAAGACGGCUCCAACAAGAAAGUCAUUUACAGCCAGCCUUCCAGCCGCAGCGACGGCGAAUUUAAGCAGACGUCCUCCUUCUUGGUCUGAAGCCCGCCUACGACCCGGAAUCGUCUUCCUGUUGUAAAUCUUCUUUGGACGGAUCUUGUGUAAUUAAGAGUGAUUUUUAAAACUUUUUUAAAAAGGGAUUGAGCGCAAUGCUUUCCAGACUUUCCGAGAAAUGCCUUCAAUCCGAUGAAUCUGGAGCCGAUCCGAUGUGCCGGGAAGCGCUCCCCCCGUUCGUUCCCUGAGGCUGCCGCGAUGCCGCAUUGCCACCGGGCAGCUCUGCCUUGCGUGCCUUUAUAAAUACACACAUUAUUAUUAUUAUUAUUAUGGUUUGUAAUUUUAUAUGCUGGACCAGAAAAUAAAGGUUGAGUCUCCUGGGGCCUCCGACCCUG